AUGGCCUUUUGGAAGCGCAAGAUCACUAUCGAUGACGAUGCGGUCACUACUGCAGUUCAUCUGACGGUCAGGCAGUCACUCAUUCCAAACAUUCUUGUUCUCAACGCGCACUUCCAAAAGACGCUCAACCUGUCCGGCAGCAUGUCGGCAGGCCUGUCUGCGGCCUACUUUGGCGCCUACUUCAUCUGCCCUCCGACCGUCUCGGGCUUCGUGCUGCGCCGCUGCGGUUUCCGCGUCACCUUCAUGGCGGGCCUCGCCGUGCUCGCCGUCGGCUGUCUCCUCUUUUGGCCUUCGGUGCUCGGGCGCUCGUUUGGCGGCUUCUGCGGGAGCAUGUUUGUCGUCGGUGCCGGCUUGGCCACCCUCGAGACAGCCGCAGAUCCGUUCCUCGCCAUCUGUGGGCCACCACGAUACUCUGAGAUCCGGCUCAACUUGGCUCAGGCUGUGCAGGGCGUUGGCUCAUUUGUUGCGCCUUUGAUUGGUUCACGAAUAUUCUUCGCUAGCAAUCUCGGAACCGACGAGGGUCUCAGAAAUGUUCAAUGGGUUUAUCUCAGCACGGCGGCCUUUGUCGGCUUGCUCAUCGUGCUAUUCUUCCUGGCUCCGAUGCCUGAAAUCACAGACGCUGAUAUGCAGUUCCAAGAGAUCGAGAUUGGCCAGCAGAACUCGGGUCCGCUGCGCACACAGUUCAACCUCUUUCUUGCAGUGUGGGCACAGUUUUGCUACGUUGGAGCACAGGUUGCUGUCGCAAACUACUUCAUCCAGUUCUGUGUCUCAUCGGGCACGACGGAGGCCCGAGGUGCUGAACUCUUUGCCCUCGGACAAGGCGUAUAUGCGCUCAACCGCUUCAUCGCAGGAGGGCUGAUGACCAUACCGGCCGUAAAGCCUCGUUACAUCCUGGCGCUGUACCUGGGCAUGUGCUUCGUAUUUGUCGUCCUCGCCAUGAACACGCGCGGGCCCGCAUCGAUAGCCAUGCUGAUACUAGUCCUGUGCUUCGAGUCGGCCUGCUUUCCGACCAUUUUCACGCUGGGACUGAGGGGCCUCGGCCGCCACACCAAGAUCGGAGGGUCGCUCCUCGUGGCCGCCAUAUCGGGAGGCAUGGUGUUUCCGCCGAUGGCUGGUGCCGUGAUGGAUGAGUGCGGAGCUCACAUGGCCAUGGCUGUGCCGAUGGUGGGAUACAUACUGGCUUGGACAUACCCUCUCUACGUCAACGGCUGGAAUCGCGAGGUGAUGGACGUCCACAGAGAGACGACCUACGGUCUCGAGCGCCUGGGCGACAAGGACGUACAGUUGGACAACCGGGAGUCCACUACAGCAACCGCCAGGUCCCAGCCGGGCGGUGCGGAGCUCACCAAGGCUGCGGAUACCCCCGCCGAGAAACAGUGA